AUGACUGGCGACCCGAGCUCGGUCGGCCCUGAGAAACGACGUCGACCAUUAGGUUUGCGCGCGGUCGUCUACACGCAGGGUCACACGAGCGCGGGGUGGGUGCGCUCGCGAGUAGAUUCCACCGACCGCGGCGCCGACGCGAUACGCGAGACGUCGAUCGCGAUGUCGAACAUCCAGCGGCAGAAGUACUCGAUCAGCGCGCAGCAGCAGGAUGACUGGUGCAUCUUUUGCAAAUGCUUCGUGCAGAAAAACGCGACCGCGAAGCGGAACCACGAGAACAGCGAGAAGCACAAGAAGAACGUGGAGAUCAAGAUGCGACAGAUCAAGAAAGACGCGCAGAGGCAGCAGCGAGACGAGGAGAACACGAAGAACGCGCUGUUGAGCAUCGAAGCGAAAGCGGCGGCUGCAUACCAAGCCGAUCUCGCAGCGGGCCCGCGCCCAGAGGACACGCACGGGCCCGCGCCGCUGAGCUCGGAAGCGCGAGCGCGAUUGCAAGAAGAGCACGCGAAGAAAGAGCUCGAGAGCGCGCUCGAGACGGAGCUGAAAGCGCGAGCGGAGGCGGAGUACCGGUCGCAACAAGAGCGCGGCGUCUGGAAGUUCGACGACCGGUCGUCGUAUUACUGGCACGCGAAGUCGUCGCACUACUUCGACCCGAAGAGCGGGAUGUACUUCAACACGAAGACGAACGCGUGGCUGAAGACCCCACCGCCGGAGGUUCCACCGCCUCCGAACCCGGCCGCGGCAGCGGUCCCGGAAGCUCCCGCGGUGGACCCGGACAAAGAGGAGUUCCCGCUCGGGCCGUUUUCGAGCUCGAACGCGAAGGCGACGGCGGCGUUGGUCGUGCCCGCGCCGAAGAGCGCGAAGACGGACAAAGAGAUCGCCGCCGCGGCCGCGGCCGCGAGCAAGAUCGCUGGGUGGUCGCACGCCCCCGCGGCGGCGGCGGCGACGCAGCCUUCCCUCUCCUCCGCGGCGGCGGCGGCGGCGAAGAACCCGCGGUUGAAGGGCACGACGUCGUUGUUCAACCUCGGAUACGGCACGAACCAUCCGAAGUUCGAGGCCGCGCGCGCGAAGACGCAGGGGGCGGCGCAGCGGGCGUUGGAGGGCGCGGGCGGGCGCCAAUUCGUCGCGCAGGACGCGAAGAAACUGGGGAUGGUGACGAAGGAAGAAAAGAAGAGGAAGAAGGGCGACGCCGACGCCGCCGGGGGUAAGAAACCGAAAGUGUCCAAGGAAGAGGCGGAGGCUCUGGCGAAGCGAGCCGCGGCGAGGGCUCGCGUCGAGGCGAGGACGAUGAGCGCCUUUGGGUUGCAGUGA